AUGGAUCUGGCCAACACUACUACUACCACUACCACCACCACCACCAGGGACUUUCUUCCACUCCGCCCAGGCUCCAUUCUCCUGUCUCCAGUCUCCAGUCUGCCACGAAUGCUAUCUCGUUCAGAGUCGGUGCCGUCCAGUGUCGCCACCAGCGUGGCUCCUCUGCCGCCGCCUCAGCCGCGGCCGGCGGUGCCUGCAAAGAGACUAUCCUCCACUCAGGAUCAUCCUAUCCAAUCUCCAGCAAAGAAACAGUCCAAGUGGUCUCCGGAGGAAGACGCCAAGAUCAUCCAGCUUCGCCAGGAUGGCAUGAAGUGGGAGGACAUCAGCAAGCACUUGCCUGGACGCAGCGCCAUCAGUUGUAGACUCCACUAUCAGAAUUAUCUCGAGCGGAGGAGUGAGUGGGAUGAGGACCGCAAAAAUAAGCUUGCAAGGUUGUACGAGAGGUUUCGAGCAGACAUGUGGGCGAGAGUUGCAGAGGAGAUGGCAAUGCCAUGGAGAGCGGUUGAAGCAAUGCACUGGCAGAUGGGCGAACAUGAGAUGGCGAAGCGUGCCGGCGUGACUCCAUUCUCCCUAACCAACGCCAACAGCGGGAUCGAGCCUUCGUCUCUACCUCCAAGACCACCUCUCCGACAUGGCGGGCCACCCCCGCGCCCGCUACGACGCGACUCAAUGCCUUCCGAGACGGGCUUACAGGGCCCCCAGCAACUGCCUUCGUUAGCAGAACUCACGGCGGGACUGCCUGCGUUUUCAGCACCACCCUACCACACCUCAGACCCUUUCCAUCGCCAUCUGUACAACCACCCAAGAGGCCGCAAUGCUCCUUUUCGCUAA